UGUUUGCAUAUCUUGCCGCAGCAAAAUGUCGACGAGAUCAAGCGAACGCAAAGUAGAGAUUUGAGAAGAAGAAGAAAGAUGGCGAUAAUGGCGACGCUCGUUCGUCGCAGACUCCCGAUCGGGACUCUGAUUUGGAAUAGCCACCCUGGUUUCUCACUUCGUAGAUUCUUUUCUUCGCCGGCGGCGGCAGCGGGAGAGCCGGAGCGGGGCAUCGAGAAGAUCCUUGUGGCGAACCGGGGAGAGAUCGCCUGCCGGAUCAUGCGCACUGCUAAGAGGUUGGGAAUCCGGACGGUCGCAGUCUACAGCGACGCCGACAGUUCCUCCCUCCAUGUUAAGUCCGCCGACGAGGCCGUCCGAAUAGGGCCGCCCCCCGCCCGAGCUAGCUACCUCAAUGCGUCCGCGAUCGUCGAGGCCGCUCGUCGUACGGGAGCUCAGGCUGUCCACCCAGGUUAUGGUUUCCUCUCAGAAAGUGCUGAUUUCGCACAGCUUUGCGAGACUGAAGGGCUCAUAUUUAUUGGUCCUCCAGCAUCCGCCAUAAGAGACAUGGGCGAUAAAAGUGCAUCAAAGAGAAUCAUGGGCGCAGCAGGUGUACCUUUAGUGCCUGGUUAUCAUGGUGACAACCAAGAUGCCAAUCUCUUGAAAUUAGAAGCUGAAAAGAUUGGGUAUCCUAUUUUGAUAAAACCCACACAUGGAGGUGGGGGAAAGGGUAUGAGAAUUGUUCAAAGGCCUGAUGAAUUUAUCGAAGCUUUUCUGGGAGCACAACGUGAAGCUGCAGCUUCCUUUGGGAUAAACACUAUCUUACUAGAGAAAUAUAUAACUCAUCCCCGCCAUGUUGAAGUGCAGGUAUUUGGAGAUAAGCAUGGAAAUGUAAUACAUCUAAAUGAGAGAGAUUGCAGUGUGCAAAGAAGACAUCAGAAGAUUAUUGAAGAAGCUCCAGCACCAAAUGUCACACAUGAGUUUCGUUCCCAUUUAGGUAAAGCUGCAGUUUCUUCUGCCAAGGCAGUUGGUUAUUACAGUGCUGGAACAGUAGAAUUUAUAAUGGACACCAUCUCAGGGGAGUUCUACUUCAUGGAGAUGAAUACUCGUCUUCAGGUUGAGCAUCCUGUCACUGAGUUGAUUGUUGGUCAAGAUCUUGUGGAGUGGCAGAUUCAUGUUGCAAAUGGGGGACAUUUACCAUUGAAUCAAGAACAAGUGCCGCUGAAUGGCCAUUCUUUUGAAGCUCGAAUAUAUGCCGAAAAUGUUCCAAAAGGAUUUCUGCCUGCAACUGGAACACUACAUCACUAUCGGCCAGUUCCAGUUUCAUCUACUGUGCGUGUUGAAACUGGAGUGGAGGAAGGGGAUACUGUUAGCAUGCACUAUGAUCCUAUGAUUGCUAAACUUGUAGUAUGGGGAGAAAACCGAUAUGCUGCCUUAGGCAAGCUGAAGAAUUGCUUGCACAAUUUCCAGGUUGCUGGGUUGCCUACCAACAUCGCAUUCCUCAACACACUUUCAGAUCAUUGGGCCUUUAAGAAGGGUCUAGUUGAAACACACUAUAUUGAACAUUUUAAAAAUGACCUUUUUCCCGAUGAAUUACCAAAGGAAAUGUAUGAUGUUGCUAUUCAAAACGCAACAGUUGUUGCUGCCUGCAUAUGUGAAGUGGAGAAAAUCACAUCUAGAGAGACUAUUCCAAGUGACAAUCCGUUACUUUCACUGUGGUAUAGUCACACACCUUUCAGAAUGCAUCAUAAUGCAAAACGUCUGAUAGAACUAGAGUGGGAUAAAGAACUAAUUGGCAGCUUUGAGGAGAUUCUGAAGCUUGUGAUUACCUACCAACCUGAUGGGAGCUACUUGGUUGAGACUGAAGGCGGUGAUCCUCCUGGUUUGGAAGUGAAGGUUAUGCAUGUAGGAAAUAGAGAUUACAGAGUAGAUGUUAACGGACUGCAGACCGAUGUGACUUUGGCAAUAUAUUCAAAGGAAAGAAACAAGCACUUUGAAGUUUGGCAGGGCAAGCAUCAUCAUCAUUUCAGGCAAUCUGCUAAGCUUCAUCAAUCAAGUGAUAAUGAAUUAGAGCACAAAACCAAUUUCCAGACCUCUCAUCCCAAAGGAAGUGUUUUGGCGCCUAUGGCUGGUUUGGUGGUUAAGGUGCUGCUUCAAAAUGGUGCCUUCGUAGAGGAAGGCCAACCUAUUUUGGUUCUUGAAGCAAUGAAAAUGGAGCACGUCGUCAAAUCUCCCCGUGCUGGCUACUUGAAUGAUCUUCAAGUUUCUGCCGGCCAACAAGUCUUCGACACCACUGUGCUGUUUAACAUAAAGGAUAAACAAGAUUGAUAACUAGAAAAUACUUGUUACCUCAAAUGCAUUUUGAGCUACAAGCCUGAACUACAUGAGCAAUCCUUUGAUCGACAAAGAGAUCUGAAUUCGAGGACAAGAAUCUGAGAGUGUAUCAUGAUAAACCUUGCACAGUGAGUCAUGUAAAUUCAAGUUCCUCAGUUUUAAGCAGAAUACUUCAUCCGUAUCAUCCUUACACUGAUAAAUAAAUCCCUUUGUUGGCCAAACUUGUAGAGUUUUUAGAACAUUAACGAUUUAAUAAAGGAAAUUUGUCAGUUGUUUUUCUG